AUGGACUCUGAGGACAUUGACGCCUGGGUCAAUGUUCAGAAGAAACUGCCUCGACCACCCACAGACGAAGAACUGAAGGCUUUUAGGGAAUUUCUUGAUGCUCCAAUAGACGAAGUAUGGCAACAUGCGAAGAAAAUAGCCGCGUUCUAUCUCAAACCCUUUGAAGAGUCUCGUAUUGACGUCUUCUGGUUCGUAUUUGGCGAUGCGGUUAACCACUUCACUUCCCAAAACGACAAGUUAGCCGAGCUUGCGCUGAAGUUGCAGCGCCUCCCAGAUGGUAAAGGGAUUCUGGGUCCAGACCCUUGGUGGAGUGAUCUUCCAUGGUUCAACAACUUCUGGACAGAAUGGAUGCAAUUUCAAUUCGAGGAUCUUCCACGAUCCGGUGGAAAUUUUGGAGAAACUUGUCAAGCCAACGUAAACCGGAAUACCUUCCUGGCCAAGUUGACAGCCAGCAUGGGGAAAGUGGCGGUUCUAGAUCAGCGCGAGCGCGGAGGGCAAGUCCUCAAAUUAGCACUGGAACGGAGACCAGUAUCGGAGCCCCACGUCCUUGCUGCAGAGCCCUGGAUCGCAUACUGCGCAGAUAGUAUAUAUGACAGGUCGUUGCAGGGUGGGAACAUGAGUUGGGAGUAUCCACAUAAUGGCACAACUUGGGGAGUACAAAAGGGUUGGAGCCAGGCACGCUGGCGUUAUUGGCGUAAGAGGUUCCAAGAGAUCUCAAAGACGGCAAAGAAUAAAAUGGUUCAAAAUGCAGCGAAGGAGUGCGCUGAACGGAUGAGUGCGAUAGAAGAGGCAAGGAAUUGA